ACACUCAGGUUGUUGACACGCGCACUUUCGCUGCGAUUUUGCGCAUUUAAAUGUUGUUUACAUUGAGUGCAGAUUUGAUAUAUAUAUAUAUCUGCUGAUAUGUCUAAAUUUAUUCGCAUUCGAGCUGGACUUUGCUUGUCAAGUACAGUCAGAAGAGGUUUAACAGAGACACGAUUCUACAGUAUGUUUGUCUCCUCUGGUAAGAAGUCAGUGAAUGGAGUUGAUCUUUACUAUCAGCGCACUGGAGAUGGCAAACACACUGUACUGCUGCUGCCUGGAGCUUUAGGAAGUGGGCAGACUGAUUUUGCCCCACAGCUUGAGAAACUGGAUAAGAGAUGUCUUACAGUGGUGGCAUGGGACCCGAGGGGCUACGGGCGCUCACGGCCCCCGGACAGAGAUUUCCCUACGGACUUCUUCCACAGAGAUGCCAAAGACGCUGUAGAUUUAAUGCAAUCUCUGGGCUUCAGUAGGUUUUCUCUGUUAGGUUGGAGUGAUGGUGGUGUCACGGCUCUGAUAGCGGCGGCGUUGAAUCCCACCCUCAUUCAGAAGAUGGUUGUUUGGGGCUCCAAUGCCUAUGUUUCUGAGGAGGAUGUUCAGAUCUAUAGAUCGAUCCGUGACGUGUCAUUAUGGAGUGAGCGAAUGAGGCGGCCGAUGGAAGAGAUAUACGGUGCUCGAUACUUUCGUGAGACCUGGGAGAGAUGGGUUGACGGCAUCAUACAGUUUACACACAACUCGCAGGGUAAUAUAUGCAGGGAGAUGUUGCAGAUGAUCUCCUGUCCAACGCUGAUUGUCCACGGAGCCAAAGACCCAAUGGUGCCCUCUUUUCACCCACAAUUCCUUCAGCAGAAUAUUAAAGGCUCACGUUUGCAUGUAAUGCCAGAAGGGAAGCAUAAUUUGCACUUGCGUUAUGCCAGCGAGUUUAACGCACUGGUGGAAGAAUUUCUGACUGAAUGAGUGAAAGACUGCCGGGGUUUGAUGUCCACAGGAGGAAAGAAAGACGUUAUUGUCUCUUCUCCAGAGAAUCAUCAUGGACGUUGACAAUAAACUGCUGUCAUGCUCAUUAGAAGACCAGCGUUCGGUUAUUCUUUCCAAUUAAAAAAGGGUUGUUUUGUCAUUUAAGUGCCCGCACAGUUUUAAUCAAAAUGCAUAUUAUUAUUCAUGUGCUGUUUCUUAAACAUUAUGUAAAUACAUGUUAAGAAUACAUCACAUUUGACUAGAUUUAUUGUGCUGAUCAUUGAACACUUUAAUCCAAAAUAACUCACAGUUCGC